AUGGACAGUUCCGGGCUACAGGACCUGCCGGGCAGCUUGUCCCUGGGCUCGACGUUGCCGUCCGGGUUUGACCACAAUGAUCCGCAGCCGUUCCAAGGCUUCUCGCGCUCUAUAGAACACGGCAUGCCUGCUACGACAACCUUUCCCCUUACUCAGCAGUCAGUUGUGCAGCCACCUCGGCCAGGGAAUUUUGAUCCGCGCGACAACAAUGCCAAUAAUCCUCGGUAUCAAGCGCCUCCUCCACCUCGCUCGGCUCAGGGUGUGAAUACUACUACUAGUACUUCAAACACCACGCACAUGGGACCAAAUCAGCCGGUGCAGAGGAGCAUCGCUCUAGCAUCGUCACGAGUCACAGCAGAUGACGUCGGCGAGCUUAGCUGGAUCCCCCCGCUGAUUCCGUCUAUGGGUGAAGCAAUUGCCAACCACGCGUCGACUGUGCAGUCCCAAGAGGCCGUCAGCUUUCUUUCCGGCAGCCCUGGUGCCGUGAUGGAAAGUAAAGAUAGCCAUUUUGGGAGCAUGAAGAUAGUGCCCAACCCGCCUGAUCUUGAUGCAUGGCGGGAGCGGCUUUUCAAUGUUGAUGAGCCGAUCACUCUGACCGAAGAACAGUAUAUACUCCCAAUUCCACCAGCUGGCAGCUUUGCAGUAUUCAAAACAUACUUCCCCCACGUCGACAAUGUCUAUUCUCACCGGUCCACUCAGAAAUAUAAACGCAAGCCCUUUGUUUCUCACUACUGGGACUGUCGGCUGAAAGGACGACCUCCGGGCACCCCCAAGUCUGAUGAUCCCAACAAAAAGAAGCGGAAGCGAACCGCUCGAGAGCGUGAUCUAUGCGACGUCAAGAUCAAAAUCACCGAGCACUACCCUGGCACUACACCGACUGCCGAUUCCGAGCUCGGGGAAUCGAUCGAUAUGUUGUCGACAGUUAGCCAUUCAACGGCAGCUGCAGCAUUCUUCGUAAAUGGAGCGCAUUCGCGCGGAGAGGGCCAGCAGCAGCAGCCCUUUGGUAUCUUAGCUCCCAACCCAACUCUACCUACAGCGCAUCCAGGCUCCAGGGGUCAGAAAUAUUAUACUAUCCAGCGAGUCAACGGUAAUGGUGGGAAUGGAAAGACAGACGGUAUUGGAGGAGGUCACAGACAUACGCUAGAUGAGAGUGACCGAGUAAAGAAGAACAGCGUGCACAGGCACUUGGUCAAAGUCAGCAAAGAGAAAAAAGAUGAGCAAACACAACCAACAAUAUAUCACAAUAUGGCGACAGGACAAGCGCAAUUAACCGUGAAGAAGCGUUCAAAAGAGUGCGACCUCAAACUAUAUGGAAAUUGUUCUUGGCAAGUUGAUAUUAUCUCAAUUCCAACUCUUAUGCAUCAAAUAAUAACAGUGAAUUCCAGUCCUUUCGUCCAAAAGGUUUGGAUAGCAUUGGAAAUGAAAGGUAUUCCUUAUCAAUAUAUAGAGGUAGACCCGCAAAUCAAGAAGCCCGACUUGCUGCUGGCAGUAGACCCUCGCGGCCCAGUCCCAUCUCUCCGAGAUGGCAGUUGGGGCUGUUACGAGAGCAACGUGCUUCUCGAAUAUCUGGAGGAUGUCGACGUAGGCAUUCCACUUCUCCCACCGGGGGAUGCAAAGCUGCGGGCUCAUUGCCGUCUCUGGGCUGACCAUAUCGGGCGGUCCAUCAUUCCGAGUUUCUACAAGCUUUUGUUGGAAAAGGAUCCUUUGAAACAAAGGGCUACCGCCGAGGAGUUCAAAGUCCAUAUUGCGAAGCUUGUUAAUGCUUCGCACGCCCAAGGACCGUUUUUCCUAGGCCCUGCCAUGUCAUAUGUUGACAUUCAAAUUGCACCUUGGAUCCUUCGGCUGAGUCGCGUGUUGAAACCGUUUCGUGGUUGGUCAGAAUCCGAAAUGGGCGCGCGAUGGGCCAAUUGGGUCCAGGCAGUUGAAGAAAACGAGCAUGUCAAGGCGACCACAAGUAGUGACGAAGUCUACUUGGACAACUAUGUGCGGUAUUUUGAAUGCGCUCAAACAAACAACGACUCAUAA